AUGGCUGACAUCGAAAACGAAGCUGGACCUUCGGUUCCCACCGGCCCUCAGCCGCGCGAGGUGGUCUACUGUGCCGUCUGCACCUUCCCGCCCGAGUACUGCGAGUUUGGCCCCUCGCCCUCCAAGUGCCGUUCGUGGCUGCAGGAGCACCAGCCGGCGCUCUACUCGCAGCUGUGGUCCGAAGAGGCGAUCUCGUCCAACCUGGCUAACCUCACCACCAAGCAGGCCGAGGAUCUCGAGCGCGAGGCUGCCAAGAAGGAGCGCAAGACCGUCGCCAAGGAGGAGCGCGAACGCGCCCAGAUGGCCGCCUCGCGCAUCGUGCUCAAGAAGGAGGCGCGCACCAAGCGCAAAGUCACCACGAGCAUCAUCGGUCUCCACCUCUUUUCGCCGCCGCUUCCUGCGCUCAAAGUCGUAGCAAAAGCGUUGUCUUCGCGCUUUGCAACGGGUGCAUCGGUGAGCAAGAGCGUGCAGAACCCGGGAAUCGACGAGAUCGUCGUGCAGGGCGAUGUGGCAGACGACGUGCGCGAUCUGAUCCUUUCGCGCACGAAGCCGUUCCACGAACUCCCCUCCGACGCCGAGGGCGGUCCGUCGGAAAAGAACAUCGCCAUCGAGGAGGACAAGAAGACGGCCAAAAAGGCGGCCGCAGGCGCACCCGGCGCUGCACCCGCCGAAGACUAG